AUGGGUCCAACUAUCCCAGCCGUAACUAAACUAACUAAUAGUGUUAUUAGAAUUCUAGGAUGUAAUCCAGGCCCUAUGACUCUUCAAGGCACUAAUACAUACUUAAUAGGCACUGGUAAAAAUCGAAUUCUGGUAGAUACUGGUGAUAAAAAUGUACAAGAUUACCAGAAGCACUUGGCACAGGUGGUAAACCAAGAGCAGGUCAAUAUAGAGCAUAUUAUUGUGACCCACUGGCAUCAUGAUCAUAUCGGAGGAGUUGAAAAUAUUUAUGGCAAAAUUGCUACUGAACCAAAAAUAUGGAAGCAUCCAAGGAGUCAAGAUGAUGAAAAAGAUCACAUACCACCUGUCAUACCUAUGAACUGGUUAGUAGAUGGCCAGGAGUUGAAGGUUGAAGGGGCUACUUUAAAGGUCCAUCACACACCAGGUCAUACUACCGAUCAUGUAGUACUUACACUGCUCGAGGAGAAUAUCCUGUUCAGCGGAGAUUGUAUCCUUGGUGAAGGCACUGCUGUGUUCGAAGACCUGUACAGCUAUAUGCUUAGUUUGAAGAAAAUACUAAACUUGGCACCUGGUGUUAUUUAUCCAGGACAUGGGAAUGUUGUUGAUGACCCAAUCACGAAAAUAGAAUACUACAUACAACACAGAAAUGAAAGAGAAAAGCAAAUAUUAGAGGCACUAAAGAAACAUCAGGAUAAGGCGCUGAAUGAAAUGGAUUUAGUUAAAAUGAUUUAUAAGGAUACUCCAGAACAUCUAUGGCCAGCGGCAGCUUAUAAUGUCAGCCAUCAUUUAAAGAAACUGACAAAAGAACAUAAAAUUAAUUGCGUAACUGUCAGUGAUGAGUCCAGAUGGCAAUUCGCUGGGAACUUGGACAGUAAUUUAUAG